CCGCGGCUCCCCCCCUCCUCUCUCCACCGUCCCUCGCAUUUCUUCGCCGAUUCCUCCUCGUCGCCCUCCCCUCCCCUGGCGACCUACCACCGCCUCGCCACCGCCGUGCCCUAGCCCGGCCUCGCCCCCGGCGGCCUCGCGCUCCGGACCCUCGUUCCCUCCCCCGCAUCUCACGCGCGUCCGCGUCCUGCGUCGUCGCGGCAUCGCGCCCGCCCACCCUGUCCGAUCCCGAGCUUGUUUGAGCGUCCGUUCUUACAGUAUGUCGGAGAAGCCAUCUGAUGAUACGACUGGCCAGGUGAGGCCUGAAGGAGAUGUUUCUGAUGUGAAAGUGGAAACUGCCAACCAGAAUAAAGGAAAUGAGAUGCCAUCAGCACAGCAAGAGGAAGCAGUGAUCAAGAAAAAGUAUGGAGGAGUACUGCCCAAAAAGUCACCACUCAUAUCCAAGGACCAUGAGCGAGCUUACUUUGAUUCUGCUGAUUGGGCUCUGGGAAAGCAAGGAGGACAUCCUCAAAAGCCUAAAGGGCCGCUUGAAGCACUUCGACCGAAAUUACAGCCUACCCAGCAGCAAGCCCGUUCACGCCGAUUCCUUCAUGCAUCUACUGACAGCGAAGAGGGCGCCAACUCGCCCACGGAGGCUACGACCCCGAACCAGGAGUCCACCGAGGAGGCCAAGGCAGCCGAGAACAAGGAAUCCACCGAGUAGCUCCCAUGUCCUUUUUUGAACGGAACUCUGCCAUUUGCUAUGCCCAUGCCGCCUCAUUGCUCUAGCAAUAAGUAUUCCGGACGUCGUGUAACGCCUGCUGAAUUUUGAACUGAAGUGUCGCAGACAUGCCGUUAUCCACCGUGCUAUGCCAUUCCAUGGCUGUCGAUGCCUGUAACGAAUUCGGUAUAUGGGACCGGGAACAUUAUGGUGUCGCACCGAGUGUUGUCCAGAGUCGGACAGAAUAAAAGCGUGAGAGCCUGAAAUUUA